UUUAUUUAUGAUAUUUUUUCUAUCAAUUUAUUAGUGUCCUCCUUUUCAUUGUAAAAAAGUUGGUCACCUUAGCUAUGAUAUAUAAAAGUAGAGAUAGAUUUUAAUUUGAAAGCUCUGUAUUAAAAUAAAAGAAAAUCAAAUGUAAUAAUCAUCUGGUGUAAUAAAUAUUAUAAGACAUUCUUUGAUAUAUGUGCCUUCCUAUAUUUGGAAGUUAUGCUACAAGAAAGCAAGAUGGCAUUAGUUAUUUUCCCAUAAAAUACUUCCCAUAUGUAAAUUUUAGCAUUUUCCACUUUUAUUCUUACUUAUACAGGGUGGACCGAAACUUAGUUAAUCCACAUAUUUUUUAUGAGCAGUCUUAAAAUAUAUUUCAGUUAGUUAACUUUUGCACCAGCCUUUAUACUAUUUGCCAAGUUAAAAAUAGUCGUAAGCAAAGAAUAAAAUGAGUUUCAGUUCAAAUUUUCCUUGAAUGAAAGAAAAAUUAAUUCUGUAAUUAUUCAAAAGAUCAUUUUGCAAAUAUAUUGGAAUAUUAUGAUGCCACUCUCAAUUGAUAAAUCUUCCUUAACAGUUGGAAUUUUUACCGGAUUGAGUGUUGGGAUAUUGCUAGGAUGGGUCCUUAGAAAAAAGCUGAGGGUGCCAGUAACGAAUUUAGGAAGUGCUAUAAUCCAAGAAAGUUUUAACGAAUUUGGGCCAUGUGAAUGCAAGCUAGUUCUUGUUGUCAGGAAUGAUCUGAAAAUGGGAAAAGGCAAAGUGGCUGCCCAGUGUUCUCAUGCUUCUGUUAUAGCCUACAGGCAGCUGCAAAAGAAAGAUCCUGACACAUUAAGGAUGUGGGAACUUUCUGGUCAGAGGAAAGUGGUGGUGAAAAUUGAUAAUGAAAGUUUAAUGUCCGAGUUGGCGGCAAAAGCGAGAUCCGAGGGCCUGUUGACAAGUCUGGUGUGUGAUGCUGGAAGAACUCAAAUAGCUGCAGGAAGCAAGACUGUUUUAGGAGUUGGACCAGGACCUGAAAAUCUAGUAGACAAAGUGACUGGCCAUCUAAAAUUGUAUUAAAAUGUAUUUUUUAAAUAAAUUAAAGUGUUUUUUAUAUAAAAUAUUACAAAUAAUAGUUUUAUAACUUUAAACAUCUCAUUUUCUGUUUUUGCUUUUUAUAUUAUUACCAUUUUUCACUGGAAUUGCAAGUUAGGAUGGAGAAAUGAAGCAGUAUUUCAGAGCUUAUAUUAAUCAGACAAGCUCCCAAAAUUGUAGAUUAGAUGACUUUUCUGUACUUUGUCACUGUGAGACUAGAGCAUACUACCACAGAGCAAUGUCUACCGAAACACAGACAGCCAGCCUCAAAUUGGGAAGACAUUUGUAGAUUGUCAAUGUAUUUAUUUGUGUAAAUUGACAACAUAUUCUAAAAAAUUCAAUCUGCAGAGUGAACAGUAAGAAUCUGUUUAACACAUUUGCAUUUGCCUGCAUUUUUUCUUUGAUUUUUCUCAUCAGAGUGUUUGUUUGAUAAAGAAUGCGGUGUAUCUUCUCUUGAUUGUGAGGCAAAUGUGCACUUUGGAACAAUUGCCAAAAUCAAAGAUUGCUUCCAUAAAACUGAACACAGGUGAUGGACUGUCGGGAAUAUUUUGUCUGUUCCUUCAGACUAUGAACAAUUCAUGUAAUGAUUCUAGAACUAGAAGAGCUGACUCAUAAGACUUAAAGUUAUGACAAUUACUUUGUGAACGCUCAACAACAUAUAAACUAACUUAAUGAAAUGAUAACGCCAGAUUCGUCAGACCAUAACUUGGCUAAUUAAAUAUAGGAGAUAUGAAGUAAUUUGGACUAAAGAUGGGCAAUUAAGUUAUCAUCUUUGAUCUUUUCUUCCAGAAUACUCUUAAAUUAAUUAAUCUGGAGCAGAACUUAAAUCUGCUUACUGUGCAAAUGCAUUGCCAAUUAUGCUGUCUGGACCUCUGAUCUUCACUUCCAGACCAAUUAGUAUAGAAGAUAUAAUCAUACAUUGAAUAUAUAUUCGACAUGAUUGCAUUGUCCGUCAAAUACACAUUAUAGCAGUAGAUCAAGGAAUCAAAAAUCUUGAUGUUAGAGAUGCAUUUUGUAAACUUAUUUGACCUUUAGCUUCUCAGACAUCUUCCUCAAAUUGUCAAGCCUUAAAGAUAUCUUCAGUUUGGAAAAUAGGUGAAAGUUUGGAAUUAUGACAUCAUAAAUCCUUUUCUUGUAAAAGAAAAAACAAUCACUUUAAAAUAUUUUGUCUGGAAAUGAAAAAUCCUGACACCAUAAUGUUUUCAGCCAAGACUUGACCAUUUUUGGCAUCAAACAUUACUUUUAUAAUUUAUUCUAUUUUGUUUGUAUGCUUGAUUCAGAAUAUGACCUAAAUUAGGCUGAAAAUAGUGGAGUGUUUUUUUAGCAUAAUUUUAAAAAUUUUGUAUUUUGAACAAGGUUUUUAUUGUGAGAAGUCAGAAUUUGAAGUUGUAAAUAAGCUUACACUAUGUAUAAAAUAAAAGAGAGUGAUAUAUAAUGAUAACUUAAAUCAUAUUAAUUUGGUUAAAGUUGGUGUUUCAUAUUUUUGUAUGAAUCUUUGACAAUAAAUUACCAUUGUUUGAGACCACAAUAGUUUUUCAUAUAACAAAAAUAAAAAUUUAAGUAAAGGGCAUGUCUGUGCCAAAAUAUAAUGUAAACUAGUAACUGUAAUAUUAAUGCUUCAGAAUGUGCUUUAAUAUACAGUGUGUUCCCCUCAAACUUAUCUAGUUUUAAAUCGUUCUGUAGCAUCCAUUUAUCCAGAUAUGAAUAAAAUCUGUUGGAGAAUGUUGGUCAACACUCCAACUUUCACAUGUGUAGCCACUGUUGCAUGAUGACAAUUUGGACCUCCAUUAUGGCAUGGUAUAGAUUGUAGAGGCUCAUUUCUUGGUCCACUUGAUUGUCUGACGUUAUCUCUCUGAACUUUUUUCUUUGUGGAUAUGUCAAAGAUCAUGUGUAUGCUACAAAAGUUCCAGACAGGAGAGUUUCACAUAUAAGAAUGCAGAUGUCAUUAAUGGCAUGAAUUCUAACAUGCUGGCUUGAAUGUGGACUGAAAUCAAGUACAGGCCAGAUAUAAGUCAGGAGCAUAUGUAGAAGUAUGCUGAUUUAAUGUAGUAACUAACUAUUUCAGAUGCACUUUCUCUUACCAUUGUCUACAGUGCUAUACUCGCAUUUCUUUUCUCAAAAUUAAUUCACAAACCUAGGUACGUUCAAGGGGGAAACACUGUACUAUACAUAAAAAAGUAAUUUAAUUAAAAAUACAAGAAAAAAAUUGAUCAGAACAACAAGUUUCUCCAAAUAAAAAAAAUGAGAUGUUAUAUAAAAAGGGAUACAGCAAGUAGUCAGAAGAAGCCUUCCUGGUUGCAGAUGUAUUGACAGAAAGUGAUCUCUUAUAUUUGCUAUCUAGGUGACUUCUUGCUCUCUACUCACUGCUUAUCUACUUAAUCAGUGUGUAUGUCUGUCAAUAAUCAGGACAAGACAGAUGCUGCCAUGCAAAUAAACAGAACUACCAUAUAUCUCGGCAGAUAAGACAUGGUAUAAAUUUUUGUCAAAGUUUUAGCAUAUAUCUGUCCUAUAAG